AUGAAUCAGAUGAUGAUUCUGUUGAAACAUUGGACACGUUUCCCUCCUGCCCAAAACAGGGGAAAAUCUCCAUUAGCACCAUCAGAGGUCAAGAGAUGGUGUUGGGAGCAUGCAUGCAUCCUACAAGUGAAAAGCUAUAGCUCUUCAGAGAGCUAUUGCUUUGAAUCUGUAUGCCCGUCUUUUACUGUUGUCAUGCAGCCAUCGUACAUCUCAUGCGACUGUGCCAGCAGGGUUUGCCAAGAGAAUCUUAUGAAGCAGCCUGCUAAUGCCAUCCUUAAGGUUUCGGACGGAGGAACUUGGUCUGUUAAGUUGUCAUAUCCAAAACUGAAAGUCCGAUUCCUGCAAGGUUGGAGGGUAUUUGUAAGGGACAACAAUUUGAAACUCGGGGAUGUUUGUGUCUUUAUCUUGAUUAAGGACAUUAAACUCUCAUUUGAAGUUGUCUUUUUCCGAGCUACUGAAGCUGCGAAUUGCUCCUUGCCUCCAGCUUUUGGAAAGGCAGGCCAUGCCAGAGGAGCAAUGAAAAACAAGGCUACACAUGGUCUAAAUCAGAAAUCAAAAGAGAAGAUGAUCUGCCCACAAAGAAAGAUUUUGGAGGCUCAUCUAGCAGUCAACAUUCCUAAAACGACACCUGAUGUUCUUGGGAGGAUGCAUCCAUUGACUAAAAGUGAAAAAGCUCUGGCUCUUCAGAGAGCUAAUGCUUUCAAAUCCGAAAAUCCUUAUUGCUUGGUUGCCAUUCAACCGGCUUAUAUCCUUCAACGUACAUGGCAACAUCUCAUCAAGCAGUUGCUGGUAAACAUAAUCCUUAAGAUUUUAGAUGGAAGACUUGGCCUGUUGAAUUCAAAUAUGAAAAUCAACGGCUCGAUUCCAGAAUGGUUGGUCAGCGUUUGCAAUGGACAAUAA